UACAUGUUUAUAACUAUUGACGGGUUUACUUAAAAAUAUAAUAUAUAAUAUACCUACUAAAUAAUUUAGGUAUAAGUAUUUUUAUUUUAUACAUAAAGGUUGUAACUAAUAUUUACAUCGGUGCAGAUGUAGGUAAUUUAAUAAAUUUACAUUUUUAAUUUACCGUGUUUACUUAUUCAACAAGCUGCAGUUACAUGCCUAAUUAUUAGUAUUUUAGUCAGUCAAUAAUAAUAUUCCGAGAAGUUCAGUGCAUAUAUUUAAAAUGAGUGUAACAUUGAUAAGCAACAAUAUUUUACAAUUUAACACAAAUACUUUGGAAGAUGUAAGAAAAGAAUUUAAUUUACACGACCCUGGGAUGAUGGAACAAACUAUUGAUAUAUUAUACGAUUGGUGUCAAAAACAAGAUCAUUUUGUGAAGAAGGACUUUCCACGAGAUUACUUGGAGCGAUUUAUCAUCUACGCAAAAGGUUCCCUUGAAAAAGCAAAACUAAGAAUAGACAGACUCUGUACCAUGCGUACUAUGGCCCCGAACCUUUUUGAAAAAAGCAAUGCGAAAAAUGAUUUCCCAGAUUUGCGGGACUUCUACAUCAACGUAUUUAUGCCAAAACUGACCGAAGACAACUACAGAAUACACGUCGCUAAGAUGAUGACUAAGAACAUCACACCUUCUGGCUUCUUGAAGACUUAUCAGCAUGCUGCAAUAAUGUGUGAAUACAUAACAGUCUAUGAUUAUGCACAAGGAUUUUACUCAAUUAUGGACCUAAGCGAUGUCAAUAUGGCGGAUGUGCUAACUAACAUGAACCUUGCAGAUUUCCGAAACAAUAUCAAUUUAUUUACAGAAUGCUACGGAUUCAGAAUAGCAGGCAUAUUUAUUAUAUCUACAUCAAAAAUGAUAGAUGCAUUUGUGAAAAUCCUGAAGCAAAUAGUCAGUGAUAAAAUUGCUCAAAGAAUCAACGUUUUUAAAACUGUAACGUCCUUACACGAGUUUUUACCUAAAGAAUUGCUACCGGAAGACUUUGGGGGUGAUCAGAAAUCGUUAUGUGAACUUUAUGACGAAAUGAAUGAAGAGAUGUCCACCGAAAAACAUGUAGCGCAUAUGAAAGAGAUGCAGCUAACGUGUACAAAUGAGAACUUGAGGCAGUCAGGUCGAUUUGAUGAAGAAUAUCUAGGAAUGCCUGGGUCUUUUAAACUACUGAGUGUAGAUUAAAGCGUUGCUUUUUUGUCCAUUUUUAUUUUGAUAUUUUUAGUGAAUUUUAGAUCAGUUCUACUCCAGAAACAGAAGCACUUUCGAUAUAAGAGAAAAUGUGUCCCAGAACUUCCAUGAAUUUUUGUUACUUCCUUAUUUUUCUAUCCCAUACAAACUUUUUGGAAAAUGUUAACACAUCAGAAAAAAUCGUAUGGGACACUUUUUUCCUAUUAAGAUUGAAAAACAUAGUUGAUUCUUAAUAGAAAUAUCAGAAAACGUAUCUAUCUAAAAUAUAAACUGAAAUAAAUGUCAUAUUAUACAAAGAAAAAGGUGACCAAGUUUAUAGUUAAAAUAGCAGUGUGUCUACUAAAAAUACAAAUUAAAUUGUUUUCUAUGAGGAUAAAUUACUUUGUUCUAGAUUACGGCAAAAAGAGCUAGAGGGCCCCCGCGCUGAAUCGUUUUUGGUGCAAAAGUUAUCCAUAACCAUCCAAAGGGCCACAAGUAUUAUGGGUACUUUUGCACCAGAAACGAUUUGUAAAUAUUUAUUUUACCUUUUAUUAAAGUGUAGUAUUUGUUAUGAAAUAAAAGUUUCUCAAUAUUUGUUCUAAGAAUUAUCUAAAAUAUCACAUUUAAAACAGGAGGACGAAAAAGAAGGUUCUAUAAGGUUAAGUAUUUAAUGAAAAUAAAUCUGGAAAUAAAUAUG